CAGCCGGACCGGUUACACACAGCACAGAUCCAAGAUGUCGAGCCAGGAGGACUCUGUUAGGGAGUUUAUCGACAUCACAGAUGUGGACGGGGAGAGAGCCCGCUUCUUCCUGGAGUCCGCCGGGUGGGACCUACAGCUGGCCCUGGCGAGUUUCUUCGAGGACGGAGCAGAGGAUGACAUCGUCACACUUCCUCAGCCGGAGAGCGCCUCCUCCGUGUCCCGCUCGGCAGGUCCCAGUGUCCAGCCCAGAGUGACGUCCCUCAGGGACCUGAUGAACGAGGCCGACGACGACAGCGACGAAGAGGAGGGAGAGAGGUUCUUCGCGGGGGGCUCUGAGCGCAGCGGGCAGCAGAUCGUGGGACCGCCCAAGAAGAAGAGCUCCAACGAGGUGGUGGAGGACCUGUUCAAGGGAGCCAAGGAGCACGGGGCGGUGCCCCUGGACCGGGGCGGCCCCGGGGAGUCCAGCAGACCCAAGGCGUUUGUGGGCGGCGGCUACAGGUUGGGGGCGGGGCCAGAGGAGGCGUCGGCCUACGUGGCCGGAGAGAGGAGGGCAGCCAACAGCCAGCAGGAUGUGCACGUUGUGCUGAAGCUGUGGAAGUCGGGCUUCAGCCUGGACGAGGGCGACCUGAGGAACUACAGCGACCCGGGGAACUCCCUGUUCCUGGAGUCCAUCCGCAGGGGGGAGAUCCCUCUGGAGCUGCGUCAGAGGGCCCGGGGGGGGCAGGUGAACCUGGACAUGGAGGACCACCGGGACGAGGACUUCGUCAGACCCAAGAUCGCCUUCAGGGCCUUCGGAGGGGAGGGGUACAAGCUGGGCAGCGCCACCCCUGACCUGGUGGUCCCGGCUGCCUCCCAGACGGACCAGGUGGCCAGCGAGGCCCAGGCCAGCGCCUCCGUCAGUCUGGACGCCGCCCAGCCCGUCACCAGCAUCCAGAUCCGGCUGGCGGACGGAGGACGCCUGGUGCACAAGUUCAACCACACCCACAGGGUGUCCGACGUGCGGCAGUUCCUGGUGGCGGCGAGGCCGGCCAUGGCGGCCCGCGAGUUCGUCCUGAUGACCACGUUCCCCAACAGGGAGCUGACCGACGAGACCCUGACCCUGCAGGACGCCAACCUGCUGAACGCCGUCAUCGUCCAGCGGCUACAGUGAGACCCCCCGAACCGGAGACCCCCCCCCCCCCCCCGGAGACCCCUCUGUUAGCCCCCCCCGGUGGAGCUGCCUCCUGGACUUACUGAACGGACUUCUUACCUUUGCAAUUCGGUUUCGGAUUUCCCCCCCCCCACACACCUUUUCUUUUUCUAUAGUGAUGCGUUGUGUGAUGCUGCCCCUUGUGGCGGGAGGUGGAGGUUGCUUUGUAGCGUUAAGAUGGAGCAGGAGCAGAGCCCGUACCAGACGCCAUGCAUGGCAGAGGGGGCGGGCGGGAGAGGGGAUUUGUUCUGAUGUAAUGAUGAUUAAAAUGCUGUGGAAGUGAGCCAGGCUGUGUUUGUUC